AGAGCUGGACGAAGUGGCUGGGGAGAGAAAAGUCUGGGAUUCCCUGCUUAGACUGCUGCCCUCGCGACCCGACCUCAGAUAAGCGGAAGAAGAUGGGUGGAUAGAACUCCUGGGGAACAAACCGCUACCCUACAACUAGAGCUGGCACUGACAAAUCAGUCCAAGGGACUAUCCACAGUCAGAGUCCAUCGACAUCCUUGGUGAGUUGAGCUAUAAGACUCUUCCAGGUUUCAGGAGCCUCGCCAUGUUUGGUCCUGACUUUGGGCACCAACAGGAGACCGCUCCCUGAGGUUCUCAGAGCUCCAGAUGGUUCAUACGGUUUUGACAUGUCAGAGAUGGACUCUGGCACAAGACCAUGAAAAGUACACCAUCUGAGCUUUUGUAAAGUCUGAUCCGUGUUCAACAGAAAGUAUUUGAUACACGCCCUUGUAUAAUUAUAAUUGUACAUUGUUCUUUAUGGGACUUUGACUCAUUUUGCUCUAAGACAGAAUGUGCCGUGUCCUGCUAAACGCCUUUCUAUUUCUGUCAACUUUUGUCUGCCGCUGAGGAGUAAUUGCCUCGGUUCUGUGGCUCACUCCAGCUGUGUUUCCUUCGUCUCUGGGAGUCCGAAGAGAAGAUCAUCGUUGUUUCUGCACACAGCAUGAACAUCCGAAGUUUUCUGGUGGACAAAAAGAUAUAUUUCGCCUGUCUGGCAUUGGUGGUGCUGGCGGUCCUGUGCAUCAGCAGCUACCUGCCUCACAAUCUACAUCGCUUCAUGCCGCAGCUGCCAAGCCGCGCCCCGACGUUUCACAAGUACAAUGUGAACUGCUCUGCCGUGACCGACCUGCACCCGGUGGAGCUGGGCAGGUCGCUGGCGAUCAGGAGAAAUGCCACGGAGGACCCGGAUGAGACGCUGCGCAACCUCACGGCGGACUGCUCGCAUUUCCUUCAGGUCAGGGGCUACGAAGACAUGUGCGCCACCGAGAAGGAGAGCCACUUCCACCUGGCGUACUCGCUGGUGGUGCACAAGUAUGCCUGGAUGGUGGAGCGGCAGAUCAGGGCGCUGUACUCGCCGAGUAACGUGUUCUGCAUUCACUACGACCAAAAGUCCCCCGCUAUGUUUAGGUCGGCGAUGGAAGGCUUAGCUCGCUGCUUGCCCAACGUCUUCAUCGCCUCCAAGCGCGAGUACGUCAUUUACGCCGGCUUCACUCGCCUGAAAGCCGACAUCAACUGCCUGUCCGACCUCCUGGAGGUGGACGUCCCCUGGAAGUAUGUCAUCAACCUCUGCGGGCAGGACUUUCCCCUGAAGACCAACAUGGAGCUGGUGUCGGAGUUGGCCAGCCUGAACGGCGCCAACAUGCUGGAGACGUGCCGAGCCAGCGGGUUCAAGAAGCAGAGGUUCACCUUCCACUACGAGCAGAAGGACCAGUCGUCCCCACAGAAAACGAAGCUUGCCAAGAGCGCCCCGCCUCACGGCAUCGAGAUGUUUACUGGCAGCGCCUACUUCGUGCUCUCACGUGACUUUGUUGUCUACAUGAACAACUCCGUCGUGGUCAAAGACUUUCUGGCCUGGUCAGAGGACACGUACUCGCCCGAUGAACAUUUCUGGGCAACUCUGGUGAGAAUACCAGGCGUACCAGGCGAGGUGCCUAGGAGCAACCCGGACAUCAGCGGCCUGUCGAGCAAGACCCGUAUGGUCAAGUGGAGCUACGAGGAGGGGAAGUUCUACCCACCAUGCACGGGGAAACACGUUCGCGCCAUUUGCAUCUUCGGCGCGGCCGAAGUGCGCUGGUUACUGGAGACCGGCCAUUGGUUCGCCAACAAAUUUGACCCCCAAGUGGACCCGGUGGCCUACCAGUGCCUGGAUGAAAUACUGCAGAAAAGACAAAGGUUCUUACAAUCAAAAGAGACGCCCACUUGUGACUAAUAGUUUUUUAUCGAGUCCGCAGGCUUGUUUGUACACCCCGAAAGAAGUACAGGUGUCCCACAGGGAUCAAUCCACAGUCCACUGUGGAUCUUCCCUCAUUUACCCUAACCUUUCAUUGGAACAAGGAAAUAAAACCAUAUUUGGUAACUUGAGCUGUCAGGUUCAAACACUGAUGACAUCUAUUAAACAGACAAACAAAACCAGGAAUUAAACAGAGACAGAAUUAAAUUUGGCUCAAUUGAGGAGAAAUGUCUGGGCUGUACUCUUGUACGGUCUCCACCACGCUCUGAGGAACGAUUUUAUUUGGUCUUUCCCUGAUUACAUGGAAACAGCUGUUUCUAAGGGAAGGGGGGUCGUCAACAGCCAUCGCCUUUGAUUAAAAAACGUCAUGCCUGUAAAUCAGUUUUAUGUUUGAUCAUGUUUAUGUUUUGUUUUUGGACUCUUGUUUCCCGUUUUGCACUUCCUGGUUUUGUUUGUUUCCAAAGUUACUCAUUAGUUUCCACCCGGUCUCCAAGUCACGCCCCUGUCCUCAGUCUCACACCUGGUAGUAAUCAUCAUCAGAGUCAUUAUCUAUACCAUUCUGUUUCUAUCCUCGUCCUGGGAACUUUUCUGUACUACUUGCUGCUUGCUUGUGUACUUGCUUUACUUCCCGGACUUUGUAUCGAACCCUGAUGACCACGCACCUACCUUGCCUUGCCACGCUGAUUAUUGAUUUGCCCACGGCACGUAAGCUCUUGUUUAUAUUUAUGCCUCUGUGCAAGUUUUUGGUUUGUUUUGUACCAUUGAUAGUAUCUUUUGUUUAUUUGUAUUUAGUCAUGCCAUCGGCCAGUGUCCUGACAAAAAAACAGUUCAAAGAAGAGGAGCUUGGACGAGAGACUAGAAUUCUGGAAUUCUAAUUGUUGUUAUCACUGUUGAUCGCCGGCGUCCCACAUGGAUCAGUUGACAUUAAACUGCACGACCGGCGGGGCCAAAGUCGCCCGAGUGUUUCUCCACUCACUGCUUUCCCCUUCUUGUGUACUGAAAGGUAAAGGUAAGAAUAGAAGGACAUUUAAAAAUAAAAAGUAUGAACAAGU